AUGCCCACGAACCACGCUGUAGAGAACGUCUUUGGCACGAUCGGGACAAUAUGCUGGACUGUACAGCUCAUCCCGCAAGUGUGGAAGAACUGGAGAUCAAAAUCGACAGAGGGACUGUCACCUUCCCUUGUUCUCAUUUGGGGAUUGUCGGGCAUCCCUCUCGGCGCCUACUCCGUCCUGCAGAACCUCAACGUACCGCUCAUCAUCCAGCCCCAACUGUUCGGAGUACUGUGUAUCCUAUCAUGGACCCAGUGCAUGUACUACGGAUCCCAAAAGCCUCUGGGUUGGUGUGCCGCGUUUCUUAUCGUACUCCUGACCAUCUAUGCCGUAUUGGAGCUGGGUCUCAUCUACGCCGUGCUGGAACCCUACGAGCGCGGAGAUCCGGGAGCAAAGGUAGCCGUCCAGUUCUUCGGGAUCCUCGCUUCAGUCAUGAUUGCGAGUGGCCUCCUACCUCAAUACUACGACAUCUACAAACGCCGCGAAGUUGUCGGCAUAUCUCUCAUCUUCAUGAGCGUGGAUAUCGCAGGCGGCAUAUUCAACGACCUCUCCCUUGUGUUUAAGGGGGAGUUUGACAUCAUCGCGUCCAUCACCUACACACUAGUCGUGGUCAUGGAUCUUGUCGUUGUGAUCGCUGCGCUGAUACUGAACCCCAUAGCACGCCGACGUCGCUCCGGACUUGACGCUGAAGCGCAGGCGGAGGAAGCGAGCUCGUUGUCUUCGCAAGGGGACGCUGAGAUAGCCGCACCCGCCCGUGCUGACGCUGCGUCCCAUUCGGCACCGUCAACGGAGCCUAAGGAUAGCGAGAAUGGAUCUGCCAUCGUCGAAGAGCCGCGGACUCCUCCUAUAGAAGAAGAAAAGAUCGAGGAGCGUCUGUGA